AAGGAACCAGCCGGAAGCGGCGAAAGCGCAAACAUGGAGGCCGCUGUGUUUAUUUCGUCCCUCGUCGACUGCUGUGCUUUAAUAUUCCUCUCCGUGUAUUUCAUUAUUACUCUGUCUGAUCUGGAGUGUGACUACAUCAAUGCUCGAUCCUGCUGCUCCAAGCUAAACAAAUGGGUCAUUCCUGAGAUGAUCGCUCAGGCUCUGGCCACGGUCCUGAUGCUGGUCUCCAUGCACUGGUUUGUGUUCCUGCUCAACCUCCCUGUGGCAUCCUGGGACGUUUACAGAUACGUGAAGGUUCCCAUGGGGAACAUGGGAGUGUACGAUCCCACAGAGAUUCACAACAGAGGCCAGCUCAAGUCCCACAUGAAGGAGGCCAUGAUCAAACUGGGCUUCCACCUCCUCUGCUUCUUCAUCUACCUGUACAGCAUGAUCCUGGCUCUCAUCAACGACUGACCCGCAACACAAACUGCCAAAUCAUGAACUGGCCUUUACAUAUUGUGAAGAAACUCCAUGCAUCCCAAUCAGAAGAUCAGCCCAGCUCUCCUCACUAAUGACCCUCAGAAACGGCACGUCUGUGGCCCACAAACCCCCCACCGCAGGCGCUCUCCUUUGGACUCUCUGAAUCUUGCACUGCUUCUCAGGGCUGAAGCAUCAAGACAGUCGCACUGAAUCACGAAUCAUCUGUUUGACCAGCAACUGCACACACAACAAGCUCACAGUUUCCACCACUGGAUACUAAAUAAAAGAAUACAAGGUAAUUGUGACUAUCACACAAUUCAGAUGUUUUUUCUUGCAAUUCUGAGAAAGAAUGGCGAGAUUUUGAGAUAUAUUAGGAUUCUGAACUAUAUACAUAUAUAUGAAGA